AUGGCAAACAUAAUCGAGGAUACCAAAGAAUGGCGCAUUUGGUCUAAAGAUGUACCAUCACUGGCUUUCCUAGGCCGCCCAUUGAACCCUGUCAUUGAUCUCCUUCUCGCUACGUCUGCCCUUCACCUAGAAUCGCUCAACCCCAACGACCCAUCCCUAAAGCUCGCAUCCUCUUAUGAUCUGUCCUCGGGGCUUGAGAAGUUUAAAAAUAUGCUAUCUCAAGCGAAUGAGGAAAAUUCACCCAUGCUAUUGACAUCUAGUGUAUUGGUCGCGCUGAGCGUACUGCACUCACGCCAAGAACAGAGCUUUGGCGCUCACUAUUCAUUUCCGACUGAUUGGUUUCGGGCUUUUCAAGGCGUCGGGAGCGUUGCGUGGAUCACAAGAGCAUGGAUCCAAAAUUCGAGGUUUGAGCCACUGCUCCUGGAAAAAGAGAGUCCAUUACCUUGUGGUGUAAACACGAACUUCUUCGCAGAGCUCCUAUCGGGAUUGGAUAUCAAUUCGAUAGUCCCGAAGGAAACCGCUGCAUACGAGCUUGCAGUGGGCCAUCUCGGCUGGUCAUAUGGGUGCCAUAUGGCGGGAGAACAAAUGUCAAUUGUGCGGAAGAAAAUCCUAAGUUUCCCGGCUAUUGUCCCAGCAAGAUAUAUUGAGCUCCUAGAAGCUGAGGACCCACGGGCCUUGGCCAUCACAGCAUACUUUUUUGGGUUGACUGCAGUUUUGAAUGAAGUAUGGUGGAUUCGAGGAGUUGCUAGAAGAGAGAUACUGGGCAUUAUGGCCCUUGUACCUGAAGAAUGGAAGUGGGCGAUGACAUGGCAACUCCUACAGAUUAGCUGUGAUUUUGAGGCCCCUAGAUAA